AUGACUGCUGACGGCGAAGGCAUUGCCUUCCUCAAUCUAAAUCUCUGUGUAACUGCCAAUACCUGGAAUUUUCUUACGUAUUCCGAAGUCACGAGGAUUCCCCCGCUGGUUUUUGUCACUUCGCUUUUGAGUCUGGCAAUAUGGGGAUAUUGCAAGCAUGCCGCAAAUAGAAAGAAAGUCACCGGACACUGGUCUGUCGGUUUGUGGAUGAAGCUCCUCGUGACGCAAAACUUUGCAUACUUUUUGAUUGUCCUAUGCUGCUACAUUGUCAUGGCUUCUGCUGUGUUUACGGGGCAGACCACGAUGCUAUUGUUUGGAGCAGUACUGGCUAGCCUAGUUCCCUUCAUAAUUGUGCCUCGCCUGUUACUCAGUUUUCGGAGCUAUCGUCCGGGAGGGGUCAUUUUCAGUGGGGACUCCAAUUCUUCAUAUAAUCCUUUGAGUAUCACCACCUGGUCUUCAUUAGACAAGGAUUUACCCCUUGAAUGCACAUAA